AUGCUGAACAGCAGCGAUGGCGGACACGUGCUGGCAGCAUUGUCAAGUAUUCAUUGCCCGAACAUAACAAAACUUCUGGAAAACUAUCUCUCAUCCAUUUCAGCAGAAGGAAACUUAACUUCUGGUAACAAAACAAUAUCUGACAAUACUACUACGAUUGAAAACGCUUCUAAGUUGGCCGAGGAGAUUUCCCAACGGAACGCAGUCAUUUACAUCGUGGUCGUCCUGUUCUUCUACUCUUUCGGUAUUGGCAUAAUGAUGAUCAAGUACAUGCGGAAGGAGGCAAAAGAACAGGAAGAAUUCAAGAUGUACCGGCGCUACAUGAACGACGCACACGACAAUUACGUUAAUUCAACAAACCGAGCCAGAUUGGCAAACAGACUUGCUCUGCAGGCAUUGAACAUGGUAAACGCCAUACCGCAGACCAGCCAAGUGGGAAGCAAAGUGACGUUUGUUUAA